UUCAAAGGCUUUUGGAAUAUUUUGUUUUGAAAUUGAUUUUCUUUGAAGUUUCGAUUUUCUUUGGACGUGUUGAAGAUUCGAGUGUGGGGCUAGUUAUCAAACGGCUUAAUUGUACGAGACAGUUGAUUAGAAUCCUUUUACCAAACAGAAAAAAAGUGAUUCUUAGUUCAGUAGUGUGUUGACGGCUAACUAUUGAUUUGUGCUUGUAUGAGCAAUCGACUAGUGUUAGAGGCGAUCCGUCAUUGACUAUGAUCUAAUCACGUGGUGUCGGUGAUCCUUCUUCGAACGCUUGGCCUUGACCUUUCACGAGUCAAUCAUGUCCAGCUUACUGUGUUCAAAGAAACACAAACACAUGGCGAGCACUCCAGACAUGUACGCGGGCAAACAAUGUGUGGUCCGCACCAACAAAGUGGCGCCCGUCAUCAUCAAAGACUGCCGGGAAGAGUUCCAGCAAUUCCUGGAGAUCAGCGAGCCCAUAGUCACCGGAAGUCUGGCAGAGGGCAUGCCGGAACAUCCGCUAAUCAAGGGCAAAUAUUUCGUCGUCCAAGAUUUUAAUGACGUCAAUGACGUCCUCCAGACGUACAGGACGUUAAGCGCCCCCAAUUUCUACCAAGCCUCGUCCGACCAGCCGGUCUUCGCAUCCGGCCAGCCCACAGUGAACGGGCUGAACAAGAUACUGAGCCACAUUGUGACGGACGGCCAUUCAGAUGUCCUGCUGUUGAACCUGCGCAGUGAGCCCGUCCUGUUCCAGCGUGUGGACGACGACUACGUGCCCUACUCGGUCCGGCACCAGGGGCUGCUGCACAACAUGGUGAUGAUGGGAGACACCAAGGACAACUGUGACCACAUCGAGUCUUGCAUUCGUAAAGAGCUGGUUUCCCUGGCUGGCAUGGAGGAUGAGUUCACCUUUUACUUCUACGACAACCUGGACAAGCUGCAGCAGGAGCCCCACAUGAGGAAGGUGGAGUUCGAGGAGGAUAUCCUGCUGUCUGCGGAGGUUUACGCCAGGGAAUCUUUCUCCAACCAGUCUCUAAAAUAUGACAGGCUGUGUUUGCCAGAGAUGGGAAUUCCAACGGAAGAACUUGUGGAUCAAUUUCUCUCCCAUUUUCGGGAAUGUCCCUCCUAUCUCGAUAGCAACCGUCCAGACUUCCCUGCCAUCCAUUUGAUCUCUCACUCGGGAGGUCGAAGGUCAGCGGUGAUGAUGGUGAUGUGCUGCCUGCUUUAUGCCCACAAGAAGGGCACACUGUUGACCGAAUGUAACUACAGCAUUAACGAGAAGAACCCCAACUAUAAGGAGGGGGAGUACAAGGCGGUGGAGCGGCUGGUGGCUCACCUGAAGGAUGGGAACCUCAUCAAACAACAGGUUGACGUCAUCAUUGACCAGUGCUCCCAGGUCAUUAACCUUAGGACAUGUAUUGCUGACCACAAGAGACAGCUGGAGAGGACAACGUUUAUCUCACCACAAAAUGCAGCAAAUACCGAGGUGAUAGACCGCUUGUACGCCGGAUGUCUGAGUGCUCUAGAGACUUACUGCUUCCUGAUUUCCUUCAACGCUUAUCUCAGAGAUCAGAUGCCCAACAAUUUAAGCUGGAGCUACAACAAAUGGCUGCACAGAAAUCCUCUGGUCAUCCGUCUGUGUAGCCAGCUCGACUUCUCGGAGUUACGCUCUCCGCCAUCUUUGUUGUCGUCGUAUCAAAGGUAUUUGGUCUAUGACGACUACAUCGGCCUUGAUGUUCUCAGCUCACAAAUGGACGUCAAAGUCUCCAACUUCCGACGGUUAAUGGGUCUUCCAAUUUACGGCAUGGCACAGCCAACAAGAAAUGGUCUGUCUAAAGUGGUCCAUCAUCUCCUUCAACACAAACAAGGCUACACCAACGUCAUCGUGGUCAACUUACGGUCAGACUACGUCCUCGAGUGUGAUGACGUCACCUACUCUGUCCGUGACGCCCACUCCCUCUUUGAACCAAUCAGCUCUCAGUGUUUGUCCGGUAAAGACCUUGAGGAAUCGGAACAAAAAAUAAAAAAAGAAAUCAAGUCUAAAAAAAGAUGGAAGGUGUACAAGGAGACCACUGACCCGCCCAUAGAGAAGGAACUGACCAGCAUCUUCACCCCAGAGGAACUGUAUGAGCAGCAGAGGUUGUCGACCCUUGACCUCCACUACCGCAGACUUCCGUUAGAAUACGAUCACGGCCUGCACGAAGAGGAGUUUGACGCCAUCCAGAGUCUGAUCCUGGGCUUUAUGAGGGCGUCCGGCUCGUGGACGGAGAGCUCACACGCGUUUGUGUUUCACUGUCGCACGGGAAAGUCAAGGACGUCGCUCACCAUGGCCGUGGCAGGGCUGUUGUUUUAUCACAUGACGGGUUUUCCCUACGGAGCCAACCCUGAUGAACAAGAGCGAGUUAGCUGCCCUAAUGCCAGAUACACUAAAGGAGAAUAUUUGGUGGUAGAGAAACUCAUCUGGAUGUUACCUGAGGGUCACCAGGUAAAAAGGGAAGUCGACCUGGUGUUGGAUCGUCUCUUUGAAACCAUGUCACCUAUGCACUUUCACCUUCGAGAGGUCAUUUUUGUCAUCUUUAACAAGGCUAAAUCGUCCAGUGGAGCCACCCAGAGGUACCUGAACAGGCUGAGCUAUGACUACCUGGAGAGGUACCUGUACCUGAUACUGUACAACGCCUACCUGCAUAUGGAGAAAAACGGCCAGUUCCAGAGGACAUUCACACAGUGGAUGACAGAGGUGGCGGCGCCAGCGGGGGUGUUUGAGGUACUAGACAACCUGGGCUUCUUCACCCUCGAGACGGCGCCCUCCGAGUUCAGCCGGCUAAAGAACCGCAUCCUGGACCGUCAACAAAAGUUGCCUUUCACCGGGUUGUUUGUCUAGUGCCUGAGGGGAUGUUUGUUGCCCGAUAUUGGGCCACUUUGUUCAGAUUGUAAUCAUGAGAGGGUGUUUGUUGCCCAAUGGGCCCCGUUGUUCAGAUUGUAAUCAUGAGAGGGUGUUUGUUGCCCGAUAUUGGGCCCCGUUGUUCAGACUGAAAUCAAAAUAUUUUCACUUAAUCUAGUAUUGAAACCCUAAUUAGUAUUAAACUAUGUGCGCGAAUCUCCGAGAAUUAGAGUCGAGAACUCGUUUUUUAAUGCACUUUUUCCAUCAAUUUCCGAACACAUAUAGUGAGUUUGGUAAAUUGAUCUACAACUACACAAGUUAUUUAUGUUCUUAAUUAAAUUAAGUUAAGAUAUAAUGCUGCCAUUAUUCAGUUCAUGUUGAAAGUUUCCAUUUAUCUUAGCGGUUAAAGGAUGUUAGGGAUGUAGAGCAGAGGUUUAGCCAUAUAACCACUUGGCUAAGUAGAGGGUUGGCCACAUAACCACUUGGCUAAGUAAAGGGUUGGCUACAUAAACAUUUAGCUAAGUAGAGGGUUGGCUACUUAACCACUUAGCUAAGUAGAGGGUGGGCUACAUAACCACUUGACAAAGUAGAGGGUUGGCCACAAAACCACUUGGCUAAGUAUAGGGUUGGCCACAUAACCACUUGACUAAGUAGAGGGUUGGCCACAUAACCACUUGACUAAGUAGAGGGUUGGCUACAUAACCACUUGACUAAGUAGAGGGUUGGCCACAUAACCACU